AUGAAGGCCAAUAAAAUAUUUCUACGCUACCAUCCACCUGGUUUGGCAUUAAGCUAUGGCGAGCGACUAAGACACUUUGAUUUGUUGGACUUGGACGUGAAAACAAAUGUUACAGCAUUGGCGGACAGCAUACUGCAGCAGGAAUUGCAGGCGGCGGAGACAGAGCGCGCACAAGAUGAAGAGGUUAUGGCACCAACAAAUGCUUCGACUGCCUGCUUGCCCAGCAGCAGCAAGGGCUCCAGCUGCCAGGAUACUUAUAGCGCGCUGAAGCAAGCUAUAAGCAAAUUGCAGGCAAAGCUGCGUGAGCCAGUUAAGAAGAAGUUCUAUUUGCACAAGUGCCACAGCUCCCACAUACUGCCGCUCACCAAUGUUUGCUUCGAUCGCAGUGGAGAGCGCUUCCUCACAGGCAGCUACGAUCGCACUUGCCAUGUAAUUGAUACAACAACAGCAGAGGUGCAGCAUGUGCUGACUGGACAUGAGAACGUGGUGUUCGCCGUGGGCUUCAAUCAGCCACGCUGGUAAGCAAUUGAACUUGAGCUUGAAGUGAAUUGUGUAUUAGUUGCUACUUACAGCGACAAGAUUGUCACUGGCAGCUUUGAUGGCACCGCCAAGAUCUGGUCUGCCAGCAGUGGUCAGUGUCUUUGCACGUUGUAUGGCCAUACAGCUGAGGUGGUGGCUGCAGAGUUUCAUCCGCUGCAGAGUCAGGCCGUCGCCACAGGCUCCAUUGAUGGCACUGCACGCAUUUACGAUGCAGAAACGGCGCAGGAGCUGCAUCAGCUGGCGCAUCAUGGCGCGGAGAUAAUUGCAGCGCGCUACUCACGCGAUGGCCAAUUAUUGUUAACAGGCUCAUUUGAUCACACUGCUGCCAUUUGGGAUGCGCGCAGCAAAAGCUGCUGUCAUCAGCUGCGUGGCCACAGCGCUGAGCUGUCCAAUUGCGUGUGGAACUUUGGCAGCACGCUGAUAGCCACCGGCAGUCUGGAUCGCACAGCACGCAUUUGGGACAUGCGUCGUCUGGACGAGCAGCUGCAUCUGGUGUCCACGCACAGCGACGAGGUGCUGGAUGUGGCCUUCGAUGCGGCUGGCAAGCAGUUGGCCACCAGCAGCAGCGAUUGCACAGCGCGCGUCUGGAGCCUGCAGCCCUUCGAGAUGAUCUCACUGAUGGCCGGUCACAACGAUGAGGUGAACAAGGUGUGCUUCAGUCCCAGCGGCUGCAUGCUGCUCACCGCCUCGGCGGACAACACAUCUCGCCUCUGGCUAACCGAGACGGGUCAGUGCUCGCAGGUGCUGAGUGGACACGAGAGCGAAGUGUUUAGCUGCGCCUAUAGCUACACUGGCGAUGCCAUAUUGACUGCCUCCAAGGAUAACACUUGUCGCGUCUGGAGGUGAUAUGACUGGUAUACAGUACAAUUUAACGACUGAUCCCUAACAUAA